CCAACUAAUGCCUCCAUCUUGCGGCAACAUCUAUACUUAAAUAUAAACGUCAAAACAUUAGAAGUAAAGACUACAUUAAGCUAGAAAUAUAUAUUACUUAUUUAUUACUAAAGACAAAUGUUAAUUAAUUUAUAAUAAUGCCUCACGAAGAACAUGGUCAUAAUACAUCCGGGGGCAUGGAGGAGCCCCCAGGAUCUCAAAGGCUUACCAAUGAUGAUUUUAGAAGAUUGCUCAUGACACCAAGAGCCUCACAUACUCCCCAAGUUGGAUCUGCAAGGGAAACGCCUUCGGUUGCAAAUUCUAUGGGCCCACCUACUACAAGGGAGGAUCGCAGUGAAGCAAGACGUAAGAAAAAGAGUUUUUAUGCAGCCUUGAAGAAACAAGAGGAUUCUAAAUUGGCUGAGCUGGCAGAAAAAUAUCGUGAUAGAGCCAGAGAAAGAAGAGAUGGUGCAAAUCCUGAUUACCAAAGUAAUGAACCUUCUGGAACAUCAAGUGCAUACAGAGCAGUUGCUCCUGAUAUUAAAUCUGGAUUGGAUGCUGCUGAGAGAAGGCGGCAGAUGAUUCAAGAAUCAAAAUUCUUGGGUGGUGACAUGGAACAUACCCAUUUGGUCAAAGGUUUAGAUUAUGCGCUUCUGCAGAAAGUACGUAGUGAGAUUCAACACAAAGAAGUUGAACAAGAAGCUGAAAUGGAAAGAUUAGCAACACAAGCAUUGGAAACUGCGGAAAAUGCUAAAGAAAAAAGUGCAUCAAGCAAAGAUCCUGAAGAAGAAAUGCAAUUUAAAACUAAAUUAGGCCGUAAUAUUGUUCAAACAUUAGCUAAUUUCAAGAAUACUACAAUAGAACGUAAUGAACUAUUCACACCAGGACGAAUGGCGUAUGUCAUUGAUUUAGAGGAUGAAAUGAAUGAUACUGAUAUUCCUACGACUCUAAUUAGGAGCAAAGCAGAUGUUCCUUUGAGUGAUGGAGAUAUUACAACCACCCUGAGCACAAAUGAUAUUGUUAUAAAUAAAUUGGCACAGAUCUUAUCAUAUCUUAGACAAGGACCUAGGUCUAAGAAAAGUAAAAAGAAGGAUAAAGGUCGAAUUUAUGAUAAUCCAAAUGAUGUUAAACUAAAAAAUCCUUUCAAAGAUUCUAUAUAUGGUGACAUUGGUGAUUAUGUUCCGCAAAGGCAAAGGAAUGAUAAAAAAUAUGGACAAUCUGAUUCUAACAAAUUGCACAAAGGCGGUUCAUACUUUGAUAAAUCGAAAGAUAAACAUCGAGAUGAAGAACCUGUGGUUUCAAAUAAACCUCAACAAGCUGCAACAACAGUGAAUCCAGUAUUAACCAGAUUAGCUCGAGAACCUGAAGGCUAUGCAGAAUGUUAUCCUGGUCUACAAGAAAUGGACGAUGCUAUUGAUGAUUCUGAUGAUGAAGUAGAUUAUACUAAAAUGGAUUUGGGCAACAAGAAAGGACCUGUCGGUCGCUGGGACUUUGACACACCAGAAGAAUAUUCUCAAUAUAUGUCUACCAAAGAAGCUUUGCCUAAAGCUGCAUUCCAAUAUGGUUUGAAAACAGCCGAAGGCAGAAGAACUAGAAAACAUGCUCGGGAGAAGAAUGAAAGGGCUGAACUGGAUAGAGAAUGGCAAAAGAUUCAGAAUAUUAUACAAAAACGAAGAAAUCCUGGACAGAAAAGCAUGGAUGAACCAAACUUCAAAAUGCCGAAAUUUUGAAACCUCAUGUUUAUUUUUCUUUUUUGCCUAAUGUAUAAGAGUGAAACAUUAGUUAUGAAAAG